UAUAAUGGCUUCAAUGAAUGCGCCUGCACUCUGCAUACUAACAAGGGCUGCACAGGGAAACACGUGUUAAGGCGAACAUUUGUGGAACUUAACGCAAAGGACAGUGUGAUUAACACAUUUAUUGUUGUGUACAUAAUGUUAUGGCGAUUUCAGAAGUCCUUCUUUCGCCGUGUGAACUGACUUACAGCUGAGCAGAGGAGACACCAGGACAGAUACCACACCUCUUCUUCAAGCAGCCUCCUCGACUGUGGGACACUAUCGGGAACUAUUACUACUAUUUUUCUCUUUUUUCUUUAAACGGAAUGGAUUUUGAAAAGACCUAACCUGGAUGGUUUGCUGUGUACGUGCUGUUAAAAGCGUGCUGGUGGCCCUUUCCAACUUUUGAGGAGGUCACAAAGUCUUUCUGGAUUGGAACAAAUUUAUUAAGUCAAAAUGGAUCAAGCCAGUGGUGGGGAGGACCCGAAUAAAUCCUCUAGAAAGAAGUCAAGCGAGGAUGAGGGUAAAAACAAAAAGCUGAACAUACACAUAAAAACAUUGGCUGAUGAUAUGCGUGAUCGUAUUACCAGUUUCAGGAAAACGGGGAUGAAGAAGGAGAAGCUCCUUAUACAGCACCCAACAGAUCCUAGCUCUACCCAGACUGAACUGCCUCUUCCUCAGCCACUUUUUGACGACCGCUCCAUGAACCUCUCGGAAAAGGAGAUCAUUGACCUCUUCGAGAAGAUGAUGGAGGACAUGAACCUGAAUGAGGAACGCAAAGCCCCUCUGCGUGGAAAGGACUUAAGCACCAAACGCGAGAUGGUGGUCCAGUACAUUUCUGCCACUGCUAAAUCUAUAACUGGGAGCAAAGUUGCGGGUGGACUAAGGAACAGCAAGCAUGAGUGUACACUUUCAUCCCAAGAGUAUGUCCACGAGCUGCGUUCAGGCAUCACAGACGAAAAGCUGCUCAACUGUCUGGAGUCCCUCAGAGUGUCUCUCACUAGUAACCCUGUCAGCUGGGUUAAUAACUUCGGCCAUGAGGGUCUCGGCCUUCUUCUGGACGCUCUGGAGAAGCUGCUGGACAAGAAACAGCAAGAGAAUAUUGAUAAACGGAACCAGCAUAAACUUAUCCAGUGCUUGAAGGCUUUCAUGAACAAUAAGUAUGGACUGCAAAGAAUCUUGGGAGAUGAGCGAAGUCUGUUGCUGCUGGCGCGGGCAAUUGACCCGAAACAGACCAGCAUGAUGACAGAGAUUGUCAAAAUCCUCUCUGCCUUCUGUAUUAUCGGAGAAGAAAACAUCCUGGAUAAGAUUCUAGCUGCCAUGACAAUUGCUGCGGAGAGAAACAAUAAAGAGAGAUUUGCUCCAAUUGUGGAAGGACUGGAGAACCAUGAAGCCCAGCAGCUUCAGGUGGCUUGCAUGCAGCUGAUCAAUGCCUUGGUUACCUCCCCUGAUGACCUGGAUUUCCGGAUACAUCUGCGCAAUGAGUUCUUAAGAUGCGGUCUUAAAAAGAUUCUGCCUGAGCUAAAAGAGACAGAGGAGCUAGACAUUCAGCUGAAGGUGUUCACUGAGAACAAGGAGGAGGACUCAAUCGAACUCUCCCACCGCCUAGAUGACAUCCGUGCUGAGAUGGAUGAUUUGAAUGAGGUGUACCAUCUUCUGUCCAACAUGGUGAAAGACACUGCCUCGGAGACCUACUUCCUCUCAGUCCUUCAGCACCUAUUGCUCAUCAGGAACGACUAUUACAUCAGGCCUCAGUACUACAAGGUGAUAGAAGAAUGCGUGUCGCAGGUCGUCCUUCAUCGCAGUGGGAUGGACCCUGACUUUGGCUACAGUAAAAGAUUGGAUGUGGACUUCACCCAUCUGAUUGAUCAGUGUGUGGAUAAAGCCAAAGUUGAAGAGAGUGAGCAGAAAGCUGCAGAGUACUCCAAGAAGUUUGAUGAGGAGUUCAGUGCACGGCAGGAGGCCCAGGCUGAGUCUCAAAAGAAAGAGGAGAUGAUCAAAGAGUUGGAGGCAAAGAUCCAGGCCCUAGGAUCUCAGUUAACUAUUGAGAAAGACAAGCUCAAAGAGGCUCAGAGACUCAUCAGGGAAUCUGAUGCCAAGCCUCCACCUCCCCCACCACCCCCUGGUUGUGGGCGCCCACCUCCUCCGCCUUUCUUUGGGGGCCCGGGUGGACCCCCGCCUCCCCCUGCAUUACCUGUCGUCAAACUGCCUUAUGGACUGGAGCCCAAGAAGACCUAUAAACCUGAUUCUGUGAUGAAGAGGGUCAACUGGACCAAGAUAGUGCCUCAGGAAAUGGCAGAGAAUUGCUUCUGGAUCAAAGUCAAAGAAGAGAAGUUUGAGAGUCCUGACCUAUUUGCUCAGCUCUCCCUCUGGUUCUCACAGAGCAAAGCGAAAAAAGACAUGAAAGAUGAGACUGAUGAAAGAAUGCCACAGUUCAAGAAGAAGGCGAAAGAGCUCCGCAUCUUGGAUGCCAAGACAGCACAGAAUCUUUCAAUUUUCUUGGGCUCGUUCCGCCUGCCUUAUGAAGAGAUCCGGGACAUUGUGCUGGAGGUAGACGAGGAAAGACUGAGUGAAUCACUCAUCCAGAACCUGAUAAAGAACCUGCCAGAGCAGAAAGAGCUGAAUGCGCUAGCGGAACUAAAGGGUGAAUAUGAAGAGCUAGUGGAGUCAGAGCAGUUUGGCAUUGUGAUGAGUUCAGUGAAGCUCCUCCGACCACGUCUCAAUGGCAUUAUGUUUAAGCUGACGUUUGAGGAGCAGGUGAAUAACAUCCGGCCAGACAUCAUGAAUGUGACAUUCGCCUGUGAGGAGGUGAAAAAGAGUGAAGGCUUUAGCAAACUUCUGGAGCUGGUGUUGCUGGUUGGCAACUACAUGAAUGCUGGCUCAAGGAAUGCCCAGACAUUUGGUUUCAAUAUCAGCUUCCUCUCCAAGAUCCGAGACACUAAAUCCAUCUGUCAGAAUACAACACUACUUCAUUUCCUGGCGGAGAAGUGUGAAGAGAAUUACCCAGAGAUCCUGAGGUUUCCAGAUGAACUGGAGCAUGUUGAGAGUGCCAGUAAAGUGUCAGCUGAGAUUUUAAAGAGCAGUUUGACCUCCAUGGAACGUCACAUUCAGAGGCUUGAGAAUGACAUUGAGAACUUCCCCAAAACGGAGGACCAACGAGAUAAGUUUGUGGAAAAGAUGUCGGGCUUCUGCAAGCAUGCCCGGGAGCAGUAUGAAAAACUGUCCACCAUGCACAAGAACAUGCAAAAGCUCUACGAGAGCAUAGGCAGCUAUUUUGCCUUCGACCCUCACUCAGUCAGCGUGGAGGAUUUCUUCGGCGACCUGGCCAGCUUCCGCAUCCUCUUCAUUGAAGCAGUGAAGGAGAACCACAAGAAGAGGGAGAUGGAGGAGAAGAUCAAGAGAGCCAAGCUGGCGAAGGAGAAAGCGGAGCGUGAGAAGCAGGAGCGCCAACAAAAGAAGAAGCAGCUGAUUGACAUGAACAAAGAGGGAGAUGAAACUGGUGUGAUGGAUAGCCUAAUGGAAGCUCUACAGUCCGGAGCAGCCUUCCGUGAUCGGCGAAAACGAGCACCGCGCAAUGGUGAUCAGAGCCCUUCCAGUCCAGGCUCUCGGUGGCCAGGUGGUAACUAUGGUAACAGAACUCUAGACAACCGCCGCGCAGUCCUGGAAAGGUCUCGUUCACGCCACAAUGCAAAUCACCAAGCUCGAUGAUCGCCCGCGCCUACCACAAGACGCUAGAUAAGUGCCAAAGAGGCCUGCGAGGCGUAGCCCUGGAAGACAUCUGAAGGAGGGACGACCCCCAACACACACACAUGCACACACUGCAGUGAAUAUGGAACAAAAAAGCCUAAAGAAUCCAGAGAAUUAAAGAAUCCUCAGUACAGCACAUGCAGACAUUUCAUUUUCGUGCUGUUCAUCAAACAUUUUACAUACACUCCCCAGCCAUUUUAUUAGGUACAUCUGUUUGCAAUCUAGUGCAGCACUUC